AUGGAGGAGCUUGGUUAUCUUGCUGACCCUAACCAUCGCAGUGGAUAUAUAGCUGUUGUAGGCAAGCCCAAUGUUGGAAAAAGUACACUUUCAAACCAGAUGAUUGGGCAAAAACUCUCCAUUGUUACAGAUAAGCCUCAAACAACAAGGCAUCGAAUCCUUGGUAUAUGUUCUGCCCCAGAGUAUCAGAUGAUAUUAUACGAUACACCUGGUGUUAUCGAGAAGAAGAUGCACAAAUUAGACACAAUGAUGAUGAAAAAUGUCCGUAGUGCUGCCAUUAAUGCAGACUGUGUAUUGGUUGUUGUUGAUGCAUGCAAGACACCCCAAAAUAUCAAUGAAGUGUUGCAAGAAGGAGUAGGAGAACUUAAAGAAAAUGUGCCUGUGUUACUGGUUUUAAACAAGAGAGAUCUCAUUAAACCUGGUGAAAUGGCAAAGAAACUUGAGUGGUAUGAGAAAUCUACUGAUGUAGAUGAAGUGAUACCAGUGAGUGCCAAAUAUGGUCAUGGAAUUGAUGAUGUGAAGGAUUGGAUACUAUCCAAACUUCCACUGGGACCCGCAUAUUAUCCCAAGGAUAUAACUAGUGAGCAUCCAGAAAGAUUCUUCAUAGGUGAAAUUGUUAGAGAAAAGAUCUUUAUGCAAUUCAGAAAUGAAGUUCCUUACGCAUGUCAAGUGAAUGUAAUAAAUUACCAAACUAGGCCUAAUGCAAAAGACUUCAUUCAAGUUGAAAUAGUUGUUGAGAAAAACACCCAAAAAAUCAUCCUCAUUGGAAAGGAUGGAAAGGCUUUAAAGCUUCUUGCAACAGCUUCUAGACUUGACAUUGAAGAUUUCUUGCAAAAAAAAGUUUUUUUGGAGGUGGAAGUGAAGGUGAAAGAGAAUUGGAGACAAGAUGAAGGGCUUUUGAGGUAUUAUGGGUAUGGGGGAAAAAUUCAAGCUUUGUGA